AAAAACUUGUCAAUAGAAGAAACUAAUAAUGAAGCCCUCCUUUUCUUUAUUCACUACUUACUACCCCACAAACUCUCCUUACCGUAAACCCUAAUUUUCUUCAAUAAACCCCAAACAAUGGCAGAAACCGAAACCCAAAACGAACCCACAUUACCCACAAAACGCAAACUCGAUGACGACCCAAUUCCUGAAAACGAUCAAGAACAAGAUAAUCACUACAACAAAUCGCAAAAAAUCGACUCACUCUCCAACAAUUCACCAAUCAUCCAGGAGAAACUCACUGAGAACUCGCGAACUCUAGAACCUUCAAUCGAUAGCCAAAACGACAACGUACAAGAAGGAGAAGAUGAAGAUGGUAAUCACUCCAACAAAUCGCAAAAAAUCGAUUCACUCGCCAACAAUUCACCAGUCAUCCGAGAGAAACUCACUGAGAACUCGCAAACUCUAGAACCUUCAAUCGAUAACCAAAACGACACCGUACAAGAAGGAGAAGAUGAAGAUGAAGAUGAAGACGAAGACGAAGAUGGUGAGGAAGAAGAUGGUGAUUAUGAGGAUGAAGAAGAGAACAGGGAGGAAGCGGUGGUGGACAGGAAAGGAAAAGGGAUAUUGAUUGAAGAAGGAGACGAAGACGACGACGACGACGGGAGUGAAUUAGAGGGUGGCGAUGAUAGUGAGGAGGCAGAGGAGGAUGAUCCAUUGGCUGAAGUUGAUUUGGAUAACAUUUUACCAUCGAGGACGCGAAGAAAAGUUGUGCAUCCUGGAGUUUAUAUUGCUGCUUCUGCUGAUGAUGAUGAUGACAGUGAUGCGUGAUUUUAAAGCAAGCCACAAUGAUAGUGUACGCAGGCAAUGUGUGGAGCAGCUGCAUGGUCCUCACAGGACCACGCACUUACCUCACAACUGUACUGUUCUUAAACACAAUGCUGGGAGGAUUAUGUUAUCUCAGGGUGCAAAUAUGUCCUCAGGCCAGCUGGUUCAGAGCAUGAUAACGAAGUUGCUGGUGCUUCGGUCCCUGCUUUAUUUCAAGGUCCUCCCUUAGUUUUUGCUGUAAGAACUUGCCUUUGUUUUGCUUGCAUCUUAAUGGAUGUACACAUUUGAGCACCUCCUCAGGUGCAUAUUUCUUGAAAUGAAAAUCGAGCAGGUCUAUUUCCGUACUCUCAACGUCCCGCAAUCAACUCAUUUGAAAUGAAAAUGGACCACCCAAGCGUGGAUUUCAUAUAAUUGAUUGCAUAGAAAAAACGGUGUCACAUUGGAACUGAUAGUAACCGGGAAAACGCUGUAGAAGUGGCAGAAUUCUGGUGUGCAUCUUAUCAUUGAUGUUGGCUUUCAGCUUUAGAAUCAGUACGCCUACAAGUCAAUUAAUUGUCUGCAUUCUUGCAUUAUAGCAUGGCCACCAUGCUCUUAGCGCUCAUCUAUAUCAGGGAUGAGGAUCCAUAGCUGAGGCCUAGCGUUCACAGUCUUGCUAGAUGAGAAGCCAACUUUACCUUUCAGCCUCCUACCAUUACUUGUAUGUAGAAAAUGGCCAUUGGCUUAUUGAGGUUUAGUUUACACGCGCCACUUCCAAAGUCUCACCCUGGACCAGCUGACGACAUGGUAUCUGAAUAGAUGAAGACACAUCGUAGGUUCACCAUUGGCCAAUCAAAGCCUCUCCUUUACAAAAGAUAGGAUGCUGACAUCAACCGACCAUUUACGUGGUCCUUUACCUCCGACUCCCUUCCUCGCUCCGCCCUUCAUUUUUUUUUCUCGACCUCUUCUUGAGUGGAGACCAUGACCCUUUUGUCCCUCCUGCUCUCUCUCUCUCUCUCUCUCUCUCUCUCUCUUUCUCUCUCUCUCGCAUUACUUACAAAAAAGUUUCGUUGUGGGGCAAAGCUUUUUGGACCAUCUGAAUCAAUAAAAGGGACAUCUUAUGUUUCGUCUCCCUUUCAACAGAGUCCAAUCCCUAUUUCCUCCCUACAAUUAUACGUGCCAGGACUCAGGACCACCAUGCAUUGCCAUGCGUUAUGAUGCCUCCUGCCUCCAUUUGAGCUCAAUUUGCUUCCAAAAUCAGGGUUUUCCCACUGUUUUUUCAUGACAUGAAUCACACCCAUAUGCUGUGUAACUUUAAAUUACUGCAGCAAUUGUGCUGCGCACAUGCCCCAUUUGGUGUCUAGAUAGAAAGGGAAUUGAGCUUCCAGUUUGUUGAUUAGAUAAUAUCUUGUUUAAGCUCUCACAUGACUUGAUGCAUAUCACAUGGAAGCAAUUCUAGGAAAUGAUGGGAAGGGCAAUUGAAGAUGGAAAUGAUCAUGAGUGGUGCCUCUUUUUGAAGAAUAGUUUGUUUUUUCCCCUCUUCCCCUUUCACUUUCAAUUAUGCCCUUCUCCUUGUAAUUAUAUGCAAGUGGGGCUAUAAUUUUAUUUGUUUUAGCCGGCCUUUUGGCCUAACAACUCCCUCUUAAAAGGCAGUAAAUAUCAAUCUUUUUGGAUGCUGUUCGUUGUGCUCCCAUUAACGUUGUUGCUUAAUUAAUCACGUAGUCAUACUUAA